AUGGCAUCGCUCGACAAGCUCGCCAUCCGCGGCGUGCGCUCCUUUGACGACAAGUCCAUCAACAUCAUCCAGUUCUUCCAGCCCCUCACCGUCAUCGUCGGCUACAAUGGCUCCGGAAAGACGACCAUCAUCGAGUGCCUCAAGUACGCCACCACCGGCGACCUGCCCCCAAACACAAAGGGCGGCGCAUUCGUACACGACCCGCAGAUGGCCGUCACAAACGAGGUAAAAGCACAGGUACGCCUCCGCUUCUACAACGCCAACCGCGUCCGCAUGAACUGCGUCCGCAACCUCCAGGUCUCCAAGAAAAAGACGGGCGGCCUCACCAUGAAGACCCUCGAGGGCCUCCUCCAGAUCGCAGACGACGACGCAAAGAGCGGAAAGCGCGGCGUCAUCUCCACAAAGUGCUCCGAGCUCGACGAAGAGAUCCCCCGCCUCCUCGGCGUAUCAAGGAGCAUCCUCGAAAACGUCAUCUUCUGCCACCAGGAGGACAGCAACUGGCCCCUCGCGGAACCGGCAAGCCUCAAGAAAAAGUUUGACGACAUCUUCGAGGCCACCCGCUACACAAAGGCGCUCGACAACAUCAAGUCGCUCCGCAAGGAGCGCACCGUCCAGCUCAAGGUCGACAACGCCGCCCUCGAGGGCCUCAAGACGGACAAGGACCGCGCAGACGCCAUCAAGACCAAGCUCCACGCCCUCCAGUCGCAGCUGGCAGACAAGGAGGCGCGCCUCGACGACCUCAACGACGAGAUCCGCAUCAAGACGGUCCAGAACUCCAAGUUCUACGACGAGGCCACAAAGUUCCGCGAGAUUGUCAGCCGCGCAGAGACCCUCGAGGAGCGCGAGCGCCUCCACAAGGAAAACAUGGCCGCCCUCGAGGCCACCAUGACGCUCAUCGACGACUCGGACGCCGAGCUCCAGAAGCGCAAGGACAGCUUCCGCAACCACCUCGACACCAAGCGCUCCCGCGCAGACGGCUUCCGCAGGCGCAUCGCAGAGAAGCGCGACGAGCUCGAGACGCUCGACGACCAGCACGGCCGCAAGCUCUCGGAAAAGGGCGGCCUCGAGGCCGAGCGCCGCGCCCACGAGCAGGCCAUCCGCAGGCGAGAGGCGUCGAUCAAGAAGAUGAGCGGCGAGCUCGGCAUCAAGGGGUUCGCCGCCGACGGCCUCAACGACGCCCAGAUCCGCGAGUUCCACGAGCGGCUGCAGCAGGAGACGCGCCAGCUCGAGGCCGAGUACGCCAAGGUCAGGGCCGACAACUCCAGGCGCGACGACGAGCUCAGCACCGCCUGGCAGAACCUGCGCACCGAGAUGCGGGCCAAGCAGAACGCGCGCGAUCAGCUCGCCGAGAGCAUCAAGCGGACCAAGGACAGGCUCAAGCGCUGCCAGGACGAGCUCGAGGCCGUCGACGUCACCGAGAUCGACGUGGCGGCGGCCGAGCGCGAGCGCGACGACCUCUCGGCGCGCGCCGCGGCCAGCCAGAAGGAGUUUGAGGAGGCGCGCUUCGACGACAAGAUCCGCAAAAAGAACCAGGAGAUCCGCGAGAAGGACGACCUGCGCGAGGAGAGGACGUCAGAGAUGAACAUCCUCAACCGCCACGCCGAGGUGCGCGCCACGCUCGGCAUGAAGACGCAGGAAAUUGCCAACCGGCGCACCACGGCGCAGUCGCUCGUCGAUCGCAACGCAGCCAGCUUCGCCAAGCGCGUCGGCGGCACGGCCAAGGGCGAGACGUUCGAGCGCGACGCCACCAAGGCGGUGGCGGCCAAGGAGCGCGAGCUGGCCGAGGCCGAGGCCGUCGACCAGGAGAAGAACAAGGCGCUGCAGCAGCUCGAGUCGACGCUGACCUUCUCGCGCAACCAGCUCAAGGAGAAGCGCGACACGGUGGCCGCUCUGGACCGCGAGAUCAAGGCGAUCCUCGAGCCGGACUUUGACUCGGCCGCCGAGGCGGUCAAGGUGGCGGCAGAGGAGAUCGACGCGGCCAAGGACGACUUGUCCUCGGUGGACUCGCUCGACGCCUUCCUCAAGCGCGUCGUCCGCGAGGCCAAGACCAAGGGCCACUGCCUCGCCUGCAACCGAUCCGUGUCGAGCGCCGAGUUUGCCGCCAUCGAAAAGCACGUCACCUCGACGCUGGCUACGAGCGACACCCAGAAGAAGAAGGCGGCGCUCGAGGAGCACAUCCGCGAGUGGACGCAGCGCAGCGCCGAGUGCCAGGUGGCGCUGACCAAGGAGACGCAGAUGCAGGCGAUCCAGAAGGGCGACAUGGUCGCGCUCGAGAAGAAAGUGGCCGAGGCCGAGGAGGGCAUCAAGGCCGCCAGCGCCGCCGCCGAGAGAUCGACAGCCGCCGUCGACGCCGUCAAGGCCGAGCUGCGCGAUCUGCAGGCGCUCAAGCGUGUCGGUGCCGACAUCACCCGGCUGCUGUCCGAGGCCGAAGCCUUUGAGCGCGAGGUCGAGAUGCUCCAGACCGACCUGGCCAGCACGGGCUCGAUCCAGACGAGCGAGCAGCUGCAGGGGGAGAUUGACAACCUGGCGGCGAGCAUCAAGACGCUCAAACGCGAGCUCAACGCGCUGCAGCAGGACCGCGAGACGAAGCGCGGCGUCAUCGCCUCGCUGGAGCGCGACCUCCACCGCGCCGAGAUGCACGUCGUCAACAAGCGCCAGGCGUGCAGCAAGAAGGAGGCGCUCGACAAGCGGCACGAGGAGCUUGCGGCAGAGCUCGAGGAGCGGCAGAGGGGAAUCCGCAAGCUCGACGACGAGGUCGAGGCGGCGGGUGCGCCGAUCCGCCGGGCCAAGGACGAGCUCGAGCAGUUCAAGGCCGAGAGCUCGGCCGCCGAGGGCAGGGCCAAGGCGCAGAUUGAGCGGCUGCAGAGCGCCCACCACCAGCUGACGGAGCUCGACACGGCGGUGCAGGCGUACACGGCGCAGCGAGGCCCGCAGAGGCUCAAGGACUGCGAGGAGACCAUCGCCGACCUGGCGCUCCAGAUGCAGGGGAUCCAGCGCGAGAUCAAGGAGAUCGAGGCGCAGGUGGCCGAGCUGGAAAAGGAGAUGAACCAGUCCAAGGCGACGGAGCGCAACAUCCUCGACAACCUGCGCUAUCGCCAGCUGCAGAAGGACAUUGUCGCCAUCGAGGCCGAGAUUGACUCGCUCGACCUCGAGCAGGCGCAGCGCAGCCGCAAGCACUUUGCCGACAAGUACAACGAGGCCAAGGAGGAGGAGAACCGGAUGAACGGCGAGGCGUCGCACCUGUCGGGCGAGAUUGCGUCGCUGCGGGCCCAGAUCCAGGGGCGCGAGGUCGAGCUGCGCGACGACUACCGCGGCGUGCACGCAAAGUACAAGCAGAAGCUCAUCGAGGUCAAGACGUCGGACCUGGCCAACAGCGAUCUGGAAAAGUACGCAAAGGCGCUCGAGAGCGCCAUUAUGCGGUACCACUCGAUCAAGAUGGAGGAGAUCAACGAGAUCCUGCGGUACCUGUGGCAGAAGACGUACCAGGGUACCGACAUUGAUACGAUUCUGAUCAAGGCCGACAACGAGGGGGUGCGGGGCAACCGGUCGUACAACUACCGCGUGUGCAUGGUCAAGGACACGGUCGAGAUGGACAUGCGCGGGCGGUGCAGCGCCGGGCAAAAGGUGCUGGCGUCGAUCAUUAUCCGGCUGGCGCUGGCCGACUCGUUUGGCAGCAACUGCGGCAUCCUUGCUCUCGACGAGCCCACCACCAACCUGGACCGCGAGAAUAUCGAGGCGCUCGCGCGCAGUCUGGCCGAUCUCAUCAAGGAGCGACAGGGCCACGGACAGCUGCAGCUCGUCGUCAUCACCCACGACGAGGACUUUCUCACCCUCCUUGGCCAGAGCGACGUCCUCGAGUACUACUGGCGCGUCAGCCGCGACAUUAACCAGAAAUCCAUCAUCGAAAAGGAGCGCAUCCGCAGCAGCUGA